CGCCUUCACUCGCUACCCGUUUGGCCGCUUGAACGUGGCCUUCAAAAAAAAAAAAAAUUCUGCGGAAAGAAUCAAGUUUGACGCACUCCUUAACUCUAUGUGCACGAGGGUUCCCUUUCGACAGGUAGUAAAGCGAAAUCCUGCGAUAGCAGGUGACAGAUAGCUGACCAUCUCAGCUGGCACACAGUUUGGGGGGAACAUGGCGCCCGUGCUCAGCAAGCUUACAAACCGAAAACCGGUGAUUGUUGCUGGAAUUGUGACGGCUGUCUACUUCGCCUCGUAUUUUCGGUUCCUGAGGAAACAAAAGAAAAGCAGAGAACUAGCAGCAGUCGCCGUGGUGUAUGACAAGAAAGAUGCGAAGAAAGAAAAAGCACACGUGGACGCCGAAUUCUUGGGGCAGUUACGAGAACUCAUAAAGGUUGUGGUGCCCGGCGUGUUCACAAAAGAGUUUGGCUACAUGAUGAUGGUAGCAGGGUCCCUGGUGGGAAGGACCCUGUGCGACAUCUGGCUCAUCAAGAACGGCACAGUCAUCGAGCGAGCCAUCAUAUCUCGCAACUUUUCUCUCUUCCGCGAGACUCUCCAGGCCUUCAUCUUCGCCAUGCCCAUGCUGGCGAUUGUCAACAAUGUCCUCAAAUACAGCUUAAGCGAACUGAAGUUGCGUUUCCGCUCGCGGCUCUACAACGCCCUCUACGCGGAAUACCUCAGCGGCAUCACCUACUACCGGAUGAGUAAUCUCGACAAUCGGAUCUCGAAUCCCGACCAACUUCUCACGCAGGAUGUAGAGAAGUUUUGCGGCUGCCUGACGGACUUAUAUUCCAACCUGAGCAAACCCCUGUUGGACAUCAUCCUGUAUGUCCGGUGGUUGUCCGUCGCCAUUGGCACGGAGGCUCCCGGGGCCAUGUUGCUUUAUCUGGUGUUUGCCGGACUCCUGCUUACGCACAUGAGACGUCCGGUCGGGCGGAUGACCAUGCAGGAACAGAAGCUGGAAGGAGAGCUUCGAUACGUCAACUCUCGUCUAAUCACAAACAGCGAAGAGAUAGCGUUCUAUCAGGGCAAUGAACGUGAAAAGGCCACCAUUGACGGUACUUUCCAAAGGCUGGUCGACCACCUGAGGGAUUUUCUUGAAUACCGGUUUACCUUGGGAAUCGUGGACGAUAUAGUCGCAAAAUACCUGGCAACCGUCGUGGGGUACCUCCUCAUCAGCCGUCCGUUCCUCGGCAAGAAGCACCUGACCCUGGACCAGAACAUGCGACUGGAGGAAUACUACAAGAGCGGCCGCAUGCUGGUCAAACUGGCAGAGGCCGUGGGACGGGUGGUGCUGGCCGGUCGGGAGAUGAGCCGCCUGGCCGGCUUCACGGCCCGCGUGUCUCAGCUGAGGCGGGUGCUACGCGACAUCAAGCGGGGCCACUACGUCCGCUCCAUGCUCUCCCAGGAACAGUUGCAGAACGGAGCCAGGGAGAAGCCCGCGAGGAGGAUGGAACUCGUGCCCGGUGCCGGGCGUGUCGUGACGCAGGACAACAUCAUCAGAUUCCAGCGGGUUCCUUUAGUAACUCCAAACGGUGAUGUCCUCGUCGAUGAACUCAGCAUCGAGGUGAAGUCUGGCGGCAACGUCCUCGUCUGCGGUCCCAACGGGUGCGGGAAGAGCUCCCUCUUCCGCGUUCUCGGCGAGCUGUGGCCGUUGUUUGGUGGCACGCUCGUCAAACCCGCCAAGGACAAGCUCUUCUACAUCCCUCAACGGCCGUACAUGACGUUGGGGACGCUGAGAGACCAAGUCAUCUACCCAGACACCUACAUGGACAUGCGGCGGAGGGGCAUCACGGAUGCGGACCUGGCGCGGUACCUCGACGUCGUGCAGCUGGGAUACGUACUGGACCGCGAGGGCGGAUGGGAUGCCAUCCAAGACUGGAUGGACCUCCUCAGCGGGGGAGAGAAGCAGCGCAUUGCAAUGGCCCGUCUGUUCUAUCGGCAGCCGCAGUUUGCGAUAUUAGACGAGUGCACAAGUGCGGUGAGCGUGGACGUGGAGGGUUCCAUGUACCAGUACUGUCGCCAAGUGGGCAUAACCUUGUUCACCGUGUCGCAUCGAAAGUCGCUCUGGAAGUACCACGAUUACAGCCUGUACAUGGACGGCCGUGGCAAGUACGAGUUCAAGGAGAUCACGCCGGACACCCUAGAGUUUGGAUCCUAGGCCAAGCACCCGGGCACGCAUGCUGACUUGCCUUUGUUGUUCCGUCGCAUAGAAACGCACAGUGCCUUCCCCCAUCCGCAGACGGACUCUCGUACGGUUCCUCAGACUGUCUGUCGUCGUCGCGUCCGGUGAUGAAAAUCGUGGUGUUCCGAAAGCGUCGAAUUGUGGAGCGACCCAAGUCUCGUCGUUUAUUCAUGUCCUCCACCCCCCCUUUUUUUUUUUUUUUGAGGAAAGUGGAAGAGACGGGUAUGGAACGUGCCUUAGCCCUUACGAAUGACUCAGCACUUUGAAAGGUCGCGCCCCUUUGUCCCAGUAAUCUUGGUGCUGCUGCUUUGUCGAGAACAUUCUGAGACACCAGCGGCCAUCGUUGCGGAAAAACGCACACUAUACAGAAAGCUAGGAGUGUUGUUUUUUUGAAAUGUGGUGGCCAAAGGGGGUAGUAUGUGCCGUCGUCGGUUCCCAGUGAUCGCGCAUCUGUAAAUAAAAGACCGUCUUAUACGAGUUGACAGCUACCUUGAUUAAGAUUGGAAUUGUGUAAAAUGUAGUAGCGAUUGUGGUGUGGGGUCUGUGAUACAGUUCACGAUACAGAUUUUAGUACCUUCAUUUUUAUUGGCUUUCAUAUUGGGGGAAAGGGGGUUGGAUCAUUCUCACUGUGAUAUCCUCGGUGCAUACUGAAUCAUCAAUAAAGAUAAGGUCAUGUUCA